AUGUUGCCAGUGGAUUACUCUUUCAAGCAAUACCAUAAUGUCUUUUUCUACAAGUUGGGGUGGAAGGCUAAACUUUUGUCUCAAGCUGGCAGAGCAGUCAUUAUAAAGUCUGCUCUAAGUGCCUAUGCCAGCUAUCAGAUGCAAUGCAUCUCCUUUACUAAGACUGUGCUAGACAACUUUGAUAAAAUUCAACGUGAACUUUGGUGGAAUAAGAAAGAUGCUGCUAAUGGGAUCUAUACCAAGGCUUGGGUUAAUAAUGGUUCUCAGGUUAGCAUUUGGUCUGACCAUUGGUUGCCUAAACAAGAUGUUUGCAUUGUUCCUAAAGUAGUUGAUAAUGAUUUACUCUCUACUAUUAAUCAACUUACUGAUGGUCAUGGAAACUUGAAUGAUAAUAUGAUUAAUAAAUACAUUCAUUAUUCUCUGCAUAAUAAAAUUAAGUCUAUAGCUUUAGAUCCAAUGAUGCCUGAUAGGAUUAGAUGGAAGCAUGCAAAUUCUGAUUCGACUCAUUAUGCUGUGUUAGAAACUCAGUUGAAUGAGAAACUGUUCAAUGACGAUAUUCGUAAGGGGUCUGUGGUUCAAUUAUUUGAUUACAUGAGUCAUACUAUUCAGAAUCGGAACGACUGUGCUCUGCUAAUCUCUGUUUCUGCCUUAAGGGGUUUUGCUCUAGAAGCUGGGGACUUGCCGAAGUUUAAUCAGAUACACGUUCUGAUUGGAGCAGCAAUGGUUGAGGCUAUGGGGGAGCAGCAAUGGUUGAUUAGAUGUUUAAAUACUCAAAACCAGAUAUUAGAUAUUUUACAAGGCAUUGGUGAUGCAGGUAAUAAUUAUAAAAAGGAUGAUCAUAAAGGUUUACAAAACCCGUCAUCAUCCGACUGUCAUGAGCUGCAAGCUAGGAUAUUGCCACCGAAAGCAUUAUUGAUACCAGAAGAAGAUACAGCGAAAGUUGCAGAAAACGUGAAAAACACACCAUCCCUAGUGUUUGGGGAGAUCACAGGGGUGUUACCUAAGGAUGAUCGUAAUGUACACUAUCAGCAGCGCUCGUAUGAUCAUCAACUUGGUGAAUUCAAAGGAAAUCAUACAACCUUGGAACAGAACCUUCAAUAUAAAGGUGAGAAGGUGAUGAGUAAAAAGUAUGUUUUGAAUGGAUACAAGCAGCUGUACUUUGCAGCAUAUAAUGGUGACUGGGAAAAGGCUAGUAAGUUUUUCGAGAAUAAUCCACAAGCAAUUGGAGAAGUGGUCACAGAAGAACAAGAAACAGCACUGCAUAUAGCCGCACACAGGAAUCACUUGGUGUUUAUAGAGGAGAUUGUGAGAUGCAUGCCACCUGAAGUACUGGAAUAUAAAACAAGAUAUACUAAAUCUACAGCACUUCACUUCGCUGUCAUGCAUGGAAACCUAAAAGCAGCUGAGGUGAUGUAUAAGAAGAAUCAAAAGUUGACGCAGAUACAGGAUGGUGAUGGACUGGUACCCCUUGCAUAUGCUCUUGUGUGUGCUACAGGUGCACAAGAAGAGAUGGUUAAGUACCUUUACCCUAUAACUAGAGAAGAUGACCCAAGUCCUUUCUCGGGUCACUGUGGAGGGUUUUACGAUUUUGCGUCAUCUCUUGUUGAACGAUUUCCAGGAUUGGUUAGUACGAAGUCGAAGUGGUCUAAGGAAUAUGGAGUCGAGGUACUUGUUGAGAAGCCGUUUACAUUCUUUAGUGGAGCUAAGCUAACAUGGUGGGAACGUUACAUCUAUCCAUUAAUUCAAGUGGACAUGGAUGCUGCACGUGGCCAUGACAGCCAAGUAGAUGAGAAGAACCCUUGGGGAAUAGAUGAAGGGAACAAAAGAGUAAAGGGUAAGUAUUCAGAGAGGACUGAAUCAGACGAAGAAAACCCUUCACAAAGCAUAACAGGAGAUGCGGGGAACUCUUCAAAGGCCUCAGAAGGAGAUGAAGAGGAUCUUUUGGAGAGCUCAGAAGUAUCAACUAGUAAAGACCCGUCAAUAAUCAAGUUCAUCUCAGUCUUCUACAUGCCUUACUUAAUGAGAGGUUUUUCUUUCCCUUGAGAUAACUUCCGUAGUUUGUUUAAAUCUUUUUUAAAAAUUUCCUGUACGUUUUCAAGUGAUUUAGUUAGUGAAGUGCCAUGCAUUAAUCUGAUGGCAUUUAGGCUGUCUAGUUGUCAUUCAUCCUUUAGAAAUCGUAAAUGUAGGUUCUAAUUUUAUGGUUACUUGAUUUUGAUUGUUAUUAGUGCCUCAUAUCUAACAAUUGUACAACAAGAAGUUGAUGCAUAAACAAGCCGUAGCAUUGGUCCAAAAUAUGUUAAGGCAACUGGAUAAAACAAUGAAUAGGAAAGAGAUAAAAGAUUUUUUUGACAGUUCUACCGCCAUAAAGACGGCUAUAAAGCUUGGAUCCACAGAGUUUAUAGUGGCGUCUCUUGAAAAAUUCAGUUACCUUAUUACACAUGAAAUGUCGGGGCAAACAAUGGCUCAAAUGGCUGUUGAAGAACGAAAUGAUACUAUUUUAUUUACUUGUGUGAAACUACUGAUGUUAUGGGGAUUAAAAUGGAUCUAGUUUCUAAAAUUGAUAAAAGUUAUAGCACUAUCUUGCACUAUGCCGCAAAGUUGGCACCUUCGGCUAAACUCAAUUUGGUGUCCGGAGCAGCUCUACAGAUGCAACGGGAAUUACAGUGGUUUUAGUGUGUGGAAAGUAUUCUGCGCAAGAAACAUAGGCUCAAGACGAACAUAGAUGGAGAUACAGCCCAACAUAUAUUUACCGGGGAACAUAAAGGUCUGGUGGAGAAAGGCGAGAAAUGGAUGAAGGACACAUCUGGAUCUUGCAUGGUAGUAGCUGCCCUCAUUGCUACCGUAACCUUUCAAACUGCUUUCACUGUCCCCGGAGGUUAUGUUAGUGAUAUUAACAGCAGCAAAAAUGGCUCCCCAGUUUUUCUGGAAACAACAUCAUUUACGGUUUUUGUGGUGGCAGAUGCUUUAGCUCUGUUCUCUUUUGUCACGUCAGUACUUAUGUUUUUUGCUAUAUACACGUCACGAUAUGCAGAAGAAGAGUUCUACAAGUCCUUGCCACGAAAAGUGAUUAUAGGUCUUGGAACGCUGUUCAUAUCUUGGAGGUAGAUUUGCCUGGGCACUGAUUCCUAUAUCACUGUUCAGCUGUGUUCCCGUGUUCUUGUUUGCAUUGUUGCAGUUACCAUUAUUUGUUGAAAUUGUUCGGUCUGCUUAUUGGGGUUGCCUCUUUUUGAAACAUAGAUAUAUCCACCGCACAGGCAAUCGGUAUAAUGCUAAAAGGAAAGGUAAAUGAGCUUUAAAUCAGGUUGUGCAGGCUGCAAAAGAUUUGGAGGUGUAAUGAAUGGAGUUACUCCCUAGCUGAUUUGGUUGUACACCUUGGCGCAUUUUACUUCACCGCAUUUAGUUUCUUGAUGAAAAUGCAUUUGAUUUCUUGAUCUUGUAUUUUACUCCUGAACAUUUGCAAUUUGAUGUAUCCAUGUUAAUGAAAACCAAUUUGUUA